AUGCCAGCACACUCACAUUCUCACAAUUUAUCGAUCAACUCGAUCUCAUCUAUUAUAGAACCAACCACACCACCCUCACUUCAAAAUCACCCUAACUACCAUCAGCACCAAAACUCCAAUUCUCAUUCUCAAAAACAUAAGAGAUCACACCUGAACUUAUGGGAUCAUCCUAUUAUUCCUCAGUACCAAGGUAACAAUAAUGGUAAUCAUAAUGGUAAUAUCCAUAAAAACUCAGAUAUUACAUUGCCCUCAUUCGACGACAAUUCCUUAUCUCCGCUUCAUGUAAAUAAUAACUCUGUGUCCAACAACAAUAAGCAAGACUUGAACGUAUCUUCAUCUACUUUAGAUAAAUUGCAUGCUGUUUUGGAUAAGGAAAAUUUCCCAGUGCACACUGUGACGAAGACCCCACCGUUAAGAUCAUCGUCCGUUUCAUCUUCUUCGUACAAUAACUCCAAUGGGAAUGGGAAUGGCAAUGGUAGUGCUGCCGGCUCUUCUUCUGAGAAGAUAGACAAGGAGUACCUUACCACUCUCAACAAGAUCCCACUCUGUGACUUGAAGCAUGAAGUGUUAAAGCUUUCCAAGGACCAAUAUGGGUGUAGAUUUCUCCAGAAGAAGAUCGAUGAAAACACCAUUUCGAACUACUCAGUUCGGUUGGAAAACUUCGAAAUCAUCUUUAAGGAGAUCUAUCCAAAUUUCUACGAAUUGAUAAUUGACCCUUUUGGGAAUUACUUGAUUCAAAAGUUGAUUUCGUAUUGUGACGAGGGCAAGUUGAAUAUGAUUUUGGAAAUCUUACAAUUCAACCUAUUCCAGAUUUCUAUUAACCAACAUGGAACCAGGGCCUUGCAAAAGAUAAUCGAUAGCUUGAACAAUGACUAUCAAUUGAGCUUACUCAUCAAAGGUUUGAAACCGUACAUCAUUGAAUUGAUUAAAGAUUUGAAUGGGAAUCACGUUAUUCAAAAAAUACUAAACAAAUUUUCUCCUCAAAAUUGUCAAUUCAUCUAUGAGUCCAUAUUAAGAGAUCUAAUAGUUGUUGCAACUCAUAAGCAUGGUUGCUGUGUUUUACAAAAGUGUCUCAAUCAUGUAACUGAUGAGCAACUAUACGAGUUUGCCAGGCUGAUUUUGAAAUUUCAAAACUUUUACAAGUUAAUUAACGAUCAAUUUGGUAACUAUGUUUUGCAAUAUUUGAUCUCCAUAAACUCUAUUGAUAUUAACUAUAGAGUUUUCGAUGGGUUUGUCAAAUUUGGUAUUGACAAUUUAUGUAAUUUGAAGUUUUCAUCUAACGUCAUUGAAAAGUUUUUGAAAAAUUGUUUUAUGAAUGAGAACCAGCAAAAAUUUGCAGCCAAAAGGAAAAACUCGCACCAAAAAUCAAUUUCGCAAUCACUGCAGCAACAAUUUGCAGCAAAUUCCAUUCUUUCAGGUACUGGUACUGCAGGUAGUGCACCCAAGUUUGCAACCAUUUCCGCGAACUCGACGGGAAGUAAUUUUUCGCAGCCUUCUUCAAGUGAACUUUCAAAUUUGCUUGACAAUCUCAACAUUGGCAAUAAUGAAGCCACUGAUAACUCUAGGACAGACUUGACAUUCACAGACUUGAAGUACGAUUUGAUUUAUCAUAUUUUGACAUCUGACUUGAACAAGUUAAUUAAUGACCCAUACGGAAACUACGUUAUUCAAACGCUCAUCGAUGUCUUAACCAAUGAGUUCCCAUCUGCUAAAUUACAGUUACUCGUAGCGUACAGUGGAUCUACAGAAACAAUUCAAAUUCAGGUAAUUAAGAAAUGGUUCGCGAAUUGCAAAAUCGUCUCUAGCUUUGGAAAGAGGAUCCAACUGAAGAUUAACUCCAUUUUAAACAAUUCGGCGACCGGUACAACUGGAGCUGCACUGUUGAACCAUGGUUCCAAUCCCGGUAUGAACUAUGCAAAGGCAUCCAACGCAAAAAUGGGGUACAAUAACAAUAACCCCACCAUUCCUCAUCAAUUGAAUAUGAAUGCGAAUGGAGAAUUUAUCAGUAACCAGGGCCCCUCAUACAAUAGCUCUGUUCGUAGCUUAAGCCUAGAUUCAGUUCCGCCUAUUAAUAAUACUGGACACCAAAGGGCAGGUUCAACUUCCUCUUUCCAACCCAAUUACACGUUUCUCCAGAAUAAUCCAUAUGCACAACAGCUGCAGCAACUGCAACAACUGCAAUACCCGGUUCAGUAUUCCAGCAAGCAGCAGCAGCAGCAACAGCCUCAACUGUCAAAUCAACAGAGUCUGCAACCCAUGAAUUUCUCAUACUACCAAUAUCAUUCUAAUCCAAACGCCAAUACACAUUUAAGCGGUGGAAACUUCCCAAGUUCAGACUCUGGCCAAGCCCUCACUCCAAACCAAAGUACCAAUUUUUCGAACUUCAGCCAAGCUUCAAAUCAAAAAAUGAAUACAUACAACGAUUUUUUGAUUCAAAGCAUCCCUCAGUAUGCCAUCCCUCCAAACUAUUACCAAACUCAGUGA